CAAUCACGAAUGCGCUUCGAUUAACCGUAUCUAUGGUUUCUAUGAUGAGUGCAAGAGGCGCUACAACAUCAAGCUAUGGAAGACAUUCACGGAUUGCUUCAACUGCUUGCCCAUCGCCGCCAUCAUCGACGAGAAGAUCUUCACCAUGCACGGAGGUUUGAGCCCGGAUCUCAACUCGAUGGAGCAGAUUCGUCGCGUGAUGCGCCCUACGGAUGUGAGUGAAAUCGGAUGCCCGCCCAUUCAUUGACCCUAGAAUCUCAUGCUAAUGAUGUACAGAUUCCCGACUGUGGCCUGCUUUGCGAUCUGCUAUGGUCUGAUCCGGACAAGGACAUCACUGGCUGGAGCGAAAACGACCGUGGUGUAUCCUUCACAUUCGGCCCCGACGUUGUGUCGCGAUUCCUGCAAAAACACGACAUGGAUCUAAUCUGCCGUGCGCAUCAAGUCGUGGAAGAUGGUUACGAAUUCUUUUCGAAACGUCAGCUCGUGACCCUCUUUUCUGCACCAAACUACUGCGGUGAAUUCGACAACGCUGGUGCCAUGAUGAGCGUAGACGAGAGUCUGCUGUGCUCCUUCCAGAUUCUCAAGCCCGCCGAGAAGAAACAGAAGUAAGUCAUCUAUGUUCGGGACACAACCUUCUGUCUUGAUGUUGGAGCUUGAAACCUCCGAGCAAACAAACUAGAGUGCAAGCUGACGAGUGCCACA